GUGACGUCAUAUAAUUAGAGUAAAUACAAAGUAGACGAUGGUGUCAGCGUGUUGUUUGUAGUGCUCUGUGAUUAAUAGUGAAGAAAAAAAUGGAUAAUAGCGAAAUUCAGCUGGUGGGGGGGCCCUGCGGCCAACACGGGCCAUAUACGUUCUAUAAGGCAUUUAAAUACACGAAAAACGGCGUCAAGAGAAUAGUGACUUUGAGUGAAUUUUUCUUUGUUAAAUUGUGGAUCGACUCGGAUUUAUUGUGCAUUGGUGAAUUGCAGUUGUUAUGGAGUGAUAAAAAUAGUGACCAAGUGUUGGCGAGUUUGCGGCUUUAUUUUCUUCCAGAGAACACACCGGAAGGCCGGAUGGACCACGGAGAGGACGAAGUACUGGCCAUUUCGGAAAAAGUCGUCCUGCGAGUGGAAGAUUUAAUAACGUGGAUCACGGUGGACGCAGAAUGGACAUGGGGUAGAUUAGCCAAGUGCGAGAAAGACGUGAAGGACCCGCCAAAAAGCGAGGAGGGCAAAAACGUCAUCGGAUCGCUUACGGAGAGCUCCUUGGAUUUCUCGGACGUGGAGAAGGAAAGGAAAGCGUCAGACUGCACCUCCGACACCACCGGCCCUCCAGUGGUGAUCCUCAGCUAUCCCCGCUACUGCAGGUACCGCGCCAUGAUGCGCCGCCUCGAAGGCGUCGAGAACGAAUACCUCAAAUACAAAAUAGUAAACGCCCUGGGAGGCUUCACCGCCUACACCAAAAACACCCGCGUCCUCUUCUGCAAGGACACCUUCGACUACCCCGAGCUAGAAGGCCACGAACUCCUCUGCAACCAUCUCGCCCCGAAGCUCAAAGGCCGGCCGAGGGGCAAGCGGAAAAAACGAAGCGUCUCCCCGGGAUCGGAGAGCAACGAAUCGGAAUCUUCGGUAUCCAAUGUGUUCAACUCGUCGAAGGAGAAGGUCGCCACGGAGGAGAGCGGCAAGAACGGGAUCCGCUGCGACGCGACCCACUUGAGGCGCAGCACGCGAGCCGUGGAGAAUAACGAAAGCAAGGAGUUCCUGAAGGAGCUGAUGGUGUUCAUGAAGACGAACUAUACCCCGAUCGGGAAGAUCCCGUCGCUGGGGUACAAAGAACUGGAUUUGUACUCGUUUUACACGAAGGUCCAUAAGCUGGGGGGGUACGAUGCGGUCACCACCAACCGGUUAUGGAAGUCGAUUUUUGACGAUAUGAGUGGGCACGCCAAUAGCACGAGCGCUGCUACGGUUAUAAGAAGGCACUACGAAAGGUUCCUUCUUCCCUACGAGCGCCACGUCAAGGGCGAAGAGUACAAACCGCUGCCGAUCUCGGAAAGACGAAGACUGAAGAGUAAAACUGGCAGCAGCACCAGCGACGCCGAGACCAGCGAGAGCACCUCCAGGAGCGGGAACAGCACCCCGGUCCCGCAGGGGUCCACGCCCGUCACGCCCACCACCCCCACAGAAAACAAAGAAUUCACCAUCCAAGGCAAGCCCGAGGGGAAAACCUCGUCGUUACGGAGUGUGCGCGUGAAACCCGAGCGACAAAAAGACAAACAAGUUACUAGUGAAAAGUUAAAUAACAAUAACCUUGAAAUAAGUUCGGAUGUGAAACCCGAAGUGACCGAAGACGAGCCGGGUGCUAAAGUUCCGAAACUCGAACCGAAAAGUGAGGUGGUGGCGGUGAAAGCCGAAGAAGUAGUGCCGGAGAAGGACGCCGAACCCUUGACCUCGGCGGUCGCGCCCGUCGCUCAGAAACUAACCCCGGAAAAAUCUCACUCCCCGGUGGAAGGCAAAGAGAACAUCCCCAUAAUCAAAACCGGGGACACCCCCGCCAAAAGCAAGAGUCCCGAAGUGAUCGAGGUGCCAUACAAACCCAAAAGUCCGGAAAUCAUCGACCUAGAAGCGGACACCUACAGUGCGACCACCCUCCACCAGCCCUUUUUCCACGAGGUGAAAAAACGCAAGCUUGAAAUUUUGAAGGAGGGGGGACUGGAGGUGACGCCCGUUCGAACGCUAGCUCCGCCCACUUCCAUCAAGGAAGUCCGACCGUCGGUCAUCCAACCAACCGGGGCCCAGAUAGUACCCAAACCAAUCAAAAAUGAAAUGCCGCCGCCGUCGAUACCCGUGCCGCCGAAGCGCACGCAAAUCUCUGUACCUCAAGCUAUUAACAUCAGCCAGGUUAAGGUGGACCGUGGUAAUAACAAAACCCCGCCUAAAGCCUUCCCCUACGCUAAUGGGAGCGGCCCACCUAAAGUCCUCCAAUCAAAAUCAAUUUACUCCUACUCCGAGAAGACGGUCUAUGGUAACCCGAAGGACUACGUACCGGCGACGCUUCCAGUGCACACCCCUAAGUUCGUAGGGACGCGCCAAGGGGGCGACAUCCUUGACUUGACAGUAACGAGUCCACAGAAACCCGUAGUCGAGAUAAUGAAAGUCCCUACGCCGGCUCCGCCUAUUCCUUUUAGCUCCGCCCCGAAAGUCCCGUACAAACCAACGCCCGCUCCCCCUUUGCUAGACGGGCGGCGCUUGGGUUCCAAUCUUGAAAUCACGUUAGUCGGGGCAAACAAGCACGCCGCUAGUUUACACCAAUCGAAAUACGGCUUGCCCCCUCCAUCCCUCACGAACUACCCCCGCUACCCCCACAAGCGCCUAUCCGCCGACCACUACCCCAACCACAAAGUACCCAGAAUGGAGGAGAACGGCAAGUACAAUAAAUUACCACCACCGAUCUCGUCAGUUCCCGUUUUAUCCACCCGCGAGAACAAGUCUGCCAUGGACAUCACUAUUCCUCACCCUUACUCGAGGAGUCACCACCAAGCCAUGAAGAGCGACCCCAACAAAGUCCCGCCUAUGCCUCCGGUGUCCAAGAGCAUGCCGCCCCCGGCCGCCGCCUCCUUCCCCUACCUGUCGCACCUCUACGAAAACAAGAACGUUCCUCCGUAUCUGCCGCCCCUUCUGGACCCCAUCUAUUACACUGCCGCCAUGCAGAGUCUGUAUUCGCAUGGUCCCCUGGGGGCGGCGAGCCACCCGGUGCCGCCCUUCCCGCCCGCCGACCAGCUGAAGUUCUACACGGACUUGAUUGCGCACACGUCGCGUCUGAACUUCCCGUUUCCUAUUGGUUCCGAUGGGAAUCCUUCCAUUGUUAAUAAUAAUUUGAAGAAGCCGUGAACAUAUCAUUUCGUUCGAUUCUUUUCUGGUCUUUGGUGGGCACUUGACGUGAUAAAUUUGAUAUGAUGGAUGACAAUAGUAAAAAAUAUGAAAAAUGUAAAAAUAUGUAAUUAGAAUUCGAAUAAGUUGUAAGUAAGUGUUACUGGAGAUGUGUAUCAUUUACAUGUUGAUGUUGAACUGUUUUAUUUUUCGGGGUAGAUGUUGGAUGAAUGUUGGUUAUUUUAUUUUUUUUAAGAGCGGGUUUGUUUUGUUUUAUGACUUGUCGUCGGACAAGUCGUAUUCCCUAUGACCAUUUUUGUAAGUUGAGCGCACAAAGCGCGUUUGUUUGAUUGGUUAAAGUAUUACUGAAGUUUUCAUGUAAAUGAGAGUUUUAUUUGUUAGGUUUACGAUGUUGUUGUACAUAUGAAGGCCAGAUAAAAAUUAGUAUCUGUGAUUUUAUUAAAUAAAUAAUUAUACCAAAUUA